ACAAAAGGGGUGUGGCUAGUACACAAGCGUGUACGUACAUGUACGUAGCUCCAGAGCUAGCUAGCUAGCUUUGAUAUUAAACCCAUUUUUAACUCCAGCUAGAAGGUAGAGCUGGCCUCUACAUUGCUAAUAGCGUAUCAAUUGACGGAACAGUAAACUAACCAAAAGCCGGUUCCAGUGCUUCAACCCUCAAGCGUUUACAAUGGACCACAACAACACACCCAACAUAAUGUUGACACUCGACAAUGGGGCCAUGGAGCCUCGCAAAGUCACAAUCAAGUUUCAGUGUGGCCUGCUCAGAGAGACAGAGACCUUCAUUGGAGAUGAUGUGAGGUACCUGAACAGGGACUCACUACUAGACUAUGUGGCUGACAUGCUCUGUAUUAAGUUUCCCGAGCACCCAUACGGUGACCUGAUGGAGAAGCUGAUCCUCUACCGACAUGAGGCCAACAAUCAACUGGUGCCAUUCAAAGCUGACGAUCCGGUGGAAGAUGGCAUCAUUGUUGAUGUCGUUCUCAAUGUGCAAUCAAAGCAAGAGUAUGAUGAUGUCAUUUGUCCGCACAUCCUCACUGUAAACACCUACCGUACUCCGGGCACCUUCUGUGACUUCUGUGGCACCGUCUUGUUUGGACUGCUCAAGCAGGGGCUCAAGUGUGAAGGCUGCGACAAGAACUAUCACAAGAAGUGUGCCUAUAAAGUACCCAACAACUGUACCCGGCUGAAAGAGAGAGACGGUGUCUCGGUUCCCCCCAACCUACUAGUGCACCCUCGUACCCAGGAGGUGUGGAGUGGGCGGCCCCUCUGGAUAGACAGGACUCUCAAGAGCAGACAGCAAGUGCCACACACUUUAUUUGUGCACACUUUCAAGAAACCCACUCAGUGUCACCAUUGCAAGAAACUGAUGAAAGGCAUGUUUCGACAGGGCCUCAAGUGUAAGGAUUGUAAAGUGGCCGUUCACAAGAAGUGUGCCAAAGAGCUGGGCAACGAGUGUCCAGGGGAAGUCCCCUCUCUCAGUAGAGUUGACAGUGGCGAGUGGACCAUGGCAACUCUCGCUCGGUCAGUGAUAGCCAAUGAGUAUUCGAUGGCUGACGAACCUGGCGCCAUGUACCCGGGGGAUGAGGUACUGCUCUUGCCACAGAAACACGACACUGAGAUCUCCGGUGGAUCAGGGGGUGUGGCCUCCUCUGAAGGAGGCGGGGCUAGUGAUGGACUGAGAGAGGAGAGCCCCGCCUCCUCAUCCUCCAGUGCGGAACCCUUUGAUCCAGUGGAAUCUUCGUACGUUGGUGCUCCAAUGGAUGCCAUAGCUGAGGAACCCAGUGGAGAGGACUCCACUAGUAACGAAGGCUCAGAUCACAACACGGCUGAACACAUGGACUCAGCUGAUAACAUCAAGCUGCAACGUGUAACGGGCGUGUCCAUGAGAAACAAGAAACCACCUCCUGCUUCAGUACUCAAGGAGGCGUGGAUGGUCCACUAUACUAACAAGUCCACUCUGCGUAAGAAGCACUAUUGGAGACUGGACACCAAGUGCCUCACUCUAUACAAAAGUGAUACCAGCUCUAACUACUAUCGUGAGAUAUCCCUCGCCGAUAUACUGGCCGUUGACCAGAUGGUGAACCCUGAACUUUACCCUUUGGCCCCUCCACACGUGUUUGAGAUAGUCACACAACAGGUGACCUACUAUGUGGGGGUGGACAUGACAGGAGCUCUACCUAUGGACCUCAGGCCAUCCAAAGCAGUCGAUCCCAACUCCAUCAAUCUCCUCGGUGACGUGUCUCACCUCUCUCUGACUCAACUGGAGGACUGGGGUAUUGGACUGGCCGUGGGUAUCAUGUGGGAGGAGGCUCUACACAGUGCACUCAUGCCCGUCACCCCUCAGGCAUCAAUGGGCUCUCUAGCUGAAGUUGGUGUGGGUGGAGGAAUGAAUCGUGGCCCCUCCUUCAGAACUCACAGAGGCUCUCUCCGGGGAUCCCUCAGGGGUAGCUUCCGUGGCAACAGAGCUAGUUCAUUCAGAGGCGGGUCAUUUCACGGUCGCAAGGGGUCGAUGCGAGGAUCAUUCCGUGUCCCUAAGGAGCGUCCAGGAGGUGGUACCACGCCCAUACGAGGAGGCAACGCACCUGUCAAGCAGCCAAAGGUUGAGACAAAGAUGGACAUCAGUCUUUUCUAUCAGAUCUUCCCAGAGGAGAUCCUCGGCUCUGGCCAGUUUGGUACCGUGUAUGGAGGUCAGAAUCGUCAGACGAGCCAGGACGUGGCUGUCAAGGUGAUUGACAAGCUCCGGUUCCCCCACAAACACGAGUCCCAGCUGAGGACAGAGGUCACCAUACUACAAGCACUCAAACAUCCCGGCAUCAUCAACUUGGAGCAAAUGUUUGAGACUCCAGAGAAGAUCUACGUUGUCAUGGAGAAGAUGAAUGGAGACAUGUUGGAGAUGAUUCUCAACAACCCUGUUGGCAAAUUGACAGAGAGGAUCACUAAAUUCAUGACAUAUCAGAUUCUGAGUGCCCUGCAGUACUUACACAAGAAGGACAUAGUGCAUUGUGACCUCAAGCCAGAGAAUGUCCUACUCACCGCUGAGACUGGACUGCCUCAGGCUAAACUCUGUGACUUUGGUUUUGCCAGGAUCAUUGGAGAGAAGUCGUUCAGGAAAUCCAUCGUUGGAACUCCUGCAUAUCUAGCUCCUGAGGUUCUCAAGAAUGAAGGUUACAACCGAUCGCUGGAUCUGUGGUCGGUCGGUGUGAUCGUAUACGUCAGUUUGAGUGGCACAUUCCCAUUCAACGAGGACGAGGAGAUCAGUGACCAGAUUCAGAACGCAGCUUUCAUGUACCCGCCAGAUCCAUGGUCCUCCAUCUCCACUGAGGCGGUCGACAUCAUCAACCGACUACUGCAGGUCUCACGCAAGACACGGUUCAGAGCCACGCAGGCAGUCAACCACGUCUGGAUGAGGGACAUCCACUUGUGGGAAGACCUGUGUGCCCUCGAGACCCGACUGGGAGUAAGAUAUCUUACCCACGAAACUGAAGACAUGUUCUGGCAGGAUCAAGGAGCUAAACCACACCCACUAGCGCAACAAAACCACUCCCCAUACUCAACACCCGACUCACGAACCCCAACCUCCACACCGCCCACACCACACUCUCACACAACCUCACCCAAUUCGAAACGAGUCGUCAAAUUCAUGAACAAUUCAAACGGAGCAUUGCCACCCACGAAACCUCCUGGUGACGAAAAAAUCAGCAAAGGCUCUGCUUUGAACGUUCUUAACCCUGUAGAUGAUGAUUCAGCAGCUGACAAGGACAGUGUCGGUAGCGGGGACUCAUCAGGAACCAAGGGAAGGUACCUGAAACGUCACGACCAAGAAGUAGUUCAGGCCCUAGCUCAUGCAGAGAGGAUUGGCUAUAAAGUUAGUACUGUGUAAUAAAUAAAACUGCAGAUAUUAUAAUUGUUAUUUUUGACAACUGUGCACUUUCUUUUCGAUCUCUAGAAACUUCAAAAGUUUGUUAAUUUAUAGGAAUGUUAAUUGUUGUCUCUUGUCUCUCUUUUUGUUGCACUCAUACUUUAUAAUUCAAUUAGUUACGUGUCUGAUUUUUAAACUUUUUGUGUUCACAAUUAAAAUAAAAUUGUCACCCAAAAAAAAUAAUUAAUUUGUUCUGA